AUGAGUGAUGGUGAAGGAGUUAAGAAUGAAGAGAGCAUUGAAUUUGAAAAUCCUAACCCUCUUUCCCAUCUUGAUGAGCCUCAAGUUUAUGUUUGUGAGCCUUCAAUCUAUGAAUACAUAGACUCUUUUGAGGUAAUGUCCCAUUUGUUUUGUGAGAUUCAUAUGAAGAUUUAUAGAUUCUUGGAUGAGUUCAUCGAGAAAGCUUAUUGGGAUUUAGAUGAUUUUACGAUUACUCUACCUCCACUCAUGCACGGUUUUGAGGACUUAGGAUUUGAGAUAGUUGAAGGAAAGAAGAAGAGCUGGAAUAACUUCUUAGUCUCUAUUGCUUACAUUGAUCCUGCAAAUUGUAAGGCUUCACUACUUUGGAUCAUAUUGGUGGCAUCUUGCGCUGCCCUCAUCAUUCAGUUUAUGGCAGCUAAUCUUGGUGUUGUUAAAGGGAAGAAUUUGGCAGAACAUUGUAGAUUUGAGUACACAAAAGUUCCAAAUUUUAUUUUAUGGAUUUUGGCUGAAAUCGCAAUAGUAGCUUGCGAUAUUCCUGAAGUUAUUGGAAAUGCAUUUGCAUUGAAUAUGCUUUUCAAAAUUACUGUUUGGGCUGGUCUUAGCACUCUGGUUCUAUUUGUACUACAACAAUAUGGGCUUGAGUUCUUGAUUACUUUUUUGGUUCUUACUAUUGCUGCAUGCUUUCUUGUGGAGCUUGGAUAUACAAACGUAUUGCAUGGGCUUUUUGUGCCUCAACUCAAAGGAGAUGGUGCAACUGGCCUUGCCAUUUCCUUAAUUGUAGCUAUGGUUAUGCCGUAA